GCUGUUUGAGAAUAUGGUGGAGAACGAGAGCAGCAUCCAGCUCUACAGCCAGUACAUGGAAGUAAACUCAGUUACCCAGAGUUCCCUGGAGCGCUACAAGAGGCUAACCAACGGGGUCUUCCUCAAUGAGGUCAUGAGGAUCAUAGACCCAAACCCCAAGGUGGAGCGGCUGUACAACAGUGGGAAAGAUGACCAAAUGCUAAGAGUCCAGAACUUCUCCAUUUUAAACCGGCACCUCAGGGCCUUCUAUCAGGAGGACCUGCAGCAGUUGAUCCUCAUGCCUCUCCCAAAUGUGGCCUUACUGGGGCAGGACCCCCUAACAGAGGCAGCUGUGGAAGAGCUCCGGAGACUACUGCUGCUCCUAUUGGGCUGUGCAGUGCAGUGUGAGAACAAGGAGACAUUCAUCCAGCAGAUCCAGUCUCUGGACAUUGAGACUCAGGCAGCCAUUGCCAUCUGUAUUCAGCAGGUGACCCAGGAUCCUAGAGUGGUGUUGCCUCUUCAAUGGGAGGAGCUGGUGGAGGCAGAAGGCGCAGACCUGCAGCGGGCCUUCAGCUCCAUGGCCAAGCAAAUCCAAAGCCUGCUGGCACAGAGAGACACACACCUGGAGAGGAUAGCAGAGCUGUGUCAGGAGCGAGAAGCCCAUGGUGAUUCAACCACGGUACCACUAGGGGGCCACGUUGACGAUCUGCCGCAGAGCCUGGCCCUCCAGCUGGCUGAUAAAAAGGCCAAACUCCGCCGCCUCAAACAACAACUGGAGGACAAAGGGGAUCAGAUUCUGGAUUACAAGCAGGAGGUUCAAAUGAUGGAGGAUCAGCUGAAGAAACUUCAAAAAGAGAACCGUUCUCUGCAGAGCGAGGUGAGGGGCAUGCGUGCUCUCCGGGACGAGCUCGACUGUGCCCGGGAACGGGCUACACGGACCGAGCAGAUUCAGGCUGAGCUUCAGAGCUGCAAACACAAACUGCGCAGCCUGGAGCUGACUCGCACUCAGCUGAAGGAGCAGCAACAUCUAUGUGCAGCAUUACAGGAAACUAAAAGUCUUCUGGAAGAGCAGCUGGCAGAUGCUCGGGCACGUUGCUCCUCCAUACGGGAGCUGGAGAAGGACAAUCUUCUGCUGCGUCAGAGAAUCAUGGACAUUGAAGCAGAGCGGGACACUGAAAGGCAGCGAGUUGACGAUUUGUUGGAGAUGAACAUGAGCCUGGAGGCAGACCUGAGGCAAAUGAGCACGUCAAAGAGAGGCGUUUCCUCCCCAAAUGUCAUCCUCCAUCAGCAUUUUCUGGAAUCAGGACCUGACUCUGAUGAGGAUAUCUGCAACCUGAUAGAUCAGAAGCCGCUGAGCGUGGAAGUAGGUGAGGCCUCAACGUUGAGGCUGCUUGGAGCAGAACAGGAGAACGCUGAGCUAAGGAGGAGGCUGGAGGAGCUACAGGCCCAGCAGGAGGUUGAGUCCCCAGAUACAAAAGAUGAGCUGGCGUGUCUUGAGGUGGAACAUCGAAAAACACUCAGUGAGUUUCAGAACUUAAAGAAUGAAAAUGACACUCUGAAGCAGCGACUGGAAGAGCUGCUGAUGGAGCUACAACACCUACAAGAGAAGAGCAAGGAGGGAGGUGUAAAGAAGCUGGGCCGAGAAAAGGAGGAGGAAGAGGUGGUUAGAGGAGUCCAGGGCUCUGAAACCAGCAGGGGAGUUGGGGAAGGAAGGGUGAGGCUGAUUGAUGAAAGGGAGAAAAGGGGAGAAAUCAUAGGGACGCGGCGGGAAGCAGGAGUGGGUGAAGAGGGUUUUGGUGUUCACGAGGGAAAAGGAGAAUUCUGUGAUGAAAAGAUCAAGACCAAGAGGAGGGGGGAGGCUGAAGGUGGACAGAUGGAACUGGAGAAACAGGAGAAAGAACCAAAGGUUGAAAACACUGAAUCAGAGACCAUAAAGCACCCAACUGAAGAGAAGACUGACACCUCAGAGACACAACCCGAUGUCUGUUCCUCAUCUGGCUUGGAGCUCCUCAAAAGCCGACUUCAGGAGAUCCAGGAGGAGGCCGAUCGCCAGGCGCAGUCAGCUCAGGAUUUGCGUACGAAGCUCGGGGAGCAAAGCAGGAAGACAUGGGAAGCCGAGCAGAAGCUGGUUCUAGUGGAGGCUGAACUACAGCGUUUAAAGAAAGCCGGAGAGAAUCUAGCAGAGGCUCGCAGGCAUAUAGAGGUCCUUCAGUCGGAGGGUCUGGCAAUGGAGGAGGAGCUGUGCCGCCUGCGGAGCCAAGCGGAGCUCCACCGGAUGCAGACCACAGUCAUCGCCACCCUGGAGGGGGAGAGGGCUGCGCUAGAGAGAGACAGGGACACGCUGCGCAGCACAGUGGACGCCCUGCGAGCCGCCCAGCGCAAGACCGACCAGUUGGAGCUCACAACCCAGACUUUGAGAGCAGAGCUGGAACGUCAAGGCCGCAGUCUUGAUGCGUCGCGGCGUCGGGAGGAGCAGCUUGAGGCAGAGCUCCGUGAGGCCAUCCUGGAAGCAGAGUCUCUAGUGCGAGCAAGAGACCAGGCACUGCUGGAGACCUCGAGGCUGGAGCAGGAGAAGGAUGUGUGCCAGUCGGAGCUGGACCGUGAACGGAAGGAGGGGCGUCAGAGAGAGAGGGAGGCGACGAGGCUGAGGCAGCAGCUGGAGAGCACGACCUUGGCCCUGGAGCACAGCAACCAGAGAGCGUGUGCUCUGGAUGCUGAACACAGACGCGUGUGUCAGCAACUGACUGAGUCCAAGGAGCUCUGCACUCAGCUGCAGGACAUGGAGAAAAAACUCAGCUCUCGACUGAACGGCAUGGAGGAGGUGAAGCUGCAGCUGCAGGAGCAAUAUGCAGAAGCUCAGGCAAAGAUCAGCUCGCUGUCUCAGGAUCUAUCCAAUGAGCAGGGUGGUACUCAGAAACUGGCUGCCGAAGUUGUUGACCUCAGGCAGAAGUUACAAAGAGCCGAGGCUGAGCUCAAGGCGACAACAGAUUUUCUCAAGCAGUCUCAGGAGAGAGCCGAGUCGCUCUCACAGCAGCUCAAGACGAGCGCAUCUCAUCCCAUUUCAAAUUCAGAGCUGUUGCGCCAAAAGAUGUCACAACUAGAUCAAAGCCCUGAAACGGGCAAAGAUCCUGCCCCUUGCAUGACCCGGCGGCACACCACAGGAGAAUCAGAGAGGCUGCUGAAUGAGAGGGUGUUGGAGCUGGAGAAAGAGAGAGCUGUGGCAGUGGCAGGACAAGAGGCUUUGCAGAUGCGCUUGUCUCAGUCCCAGGAGGCGUGCGAGCACCUGAAGGAGCAGCUGGAAGCCCUGCGUCGCCACUCCCUCAGUCUGCAGGACUCCUGCACCAGCCUACAGACACUCAACACUCAGCUACAGGUGGAUCAAGCAUCUCUAAGCUCCCAGCAUGCAAUAGCGUUGGCACGCUGCAGUGAGAGCGAGGCCCGACGCGCAACCCUGGAAGCUGAGUCAAAGGUGUGGGCACGGGAACGAGAGGAGUCGUCGGCCAGGAUGGAGGCUCUGAGGCGUGACCAUGAGCGGAUGGCAGCAUUGCAGCAGCAGCAGGAGGUGGAAUUGGAGGAGCUGCUGGAGAAACAUUCACAGCUAAGGGGCAGCUAUCGCAACCUGGAGGCUCAACACAGGGAGCUGGAGGGGAGGUACAAGGAGCUCCUGGAUAGUAAAACCCAGCUGGAGGAGAGGGAGAGAGAAAUAAAGCUGGAAAGGCAGAAGAUGGAAGCAGAAGCCCAGAAGACGCUGGAGAGAGAACGAGAGCUGGAGAGGCUGAAAGACGACUGCGAGAGGCUGCAGGCCCAGCAGAAGGACUGGCUGGCCUCACAGGCAGAGCUGCUGGCUCAGGGCUCGGUGCUAAAGGCGGAGCUGAGUGCCUCCCAGCUGGAGAAGACGCGACUGGAGGGGGAGCUCAGUGGCCUGAGAGAAACCAAUCAGAGCCUGGACCUCAGCAAUGCCCGGCUCACCAGCCAGUACCAGCUGUUAACACAACUGAAAGGGAACAUGGAAGAGGAGAACCGACACUUAGCCGAACAAAACCAAAGUCUGUUAAAGGAGAACCGGGCCUUACUGGAGCAGAGCCUGGAGCGGCGUGACCAGCACUACUCGCAGCAGCAGGAGUACCAGGAGAAGCUAAGUGAGCUCCGUCGGGAGAAGCAGAAGUUGGUGGAGAAGAUUAUGGAUCAGUACAGAGUCCUCGAGCCCAACAUGCAACCUCCAGCCAGCAAGGCCAAAAAGUCUAACUGGAUCGCAGACAGGAUGAAGAAACUAAUCAAGCCUCGGGGAGGAGGAAGAGAGGGGCGCACCCUCUUCACUGCUGCAGGCAGCAUAGAAAACCUGGCCGACAGCAAUGAAUUUUCAUCAGACACACAAACACCAAAGCCUGACCUACGUAGUGCUCCGGUUUCACCGUCCCCCUUAAGGAAAACCACAUCCAACCCAGACCCUGACACUUCGGUUCCAGGGACUCCAACCCCUACCCGCCCUGGGGCCCGACGAAAGCUGGGCUCCCGUCACGGCUGGGGGAUCGGUUUAGCCAGAGCGGGCUCUGGGAUCUCCCAGUCCUUUAGUCCCGGCGACAACAAGACGCCUCCCCGCCAGCGGCUUCGCUCCAGUCAGAACAGCACCACCAUCGUGUGGGAGGGGGCGGGAAAGGAGGCCGACACGCAUCAUGAUGCUACUUCCCUGACCAGCCAGGAGAGUAUUGAGGAGGAGGGACUGAAAGACAAUCAUCCCUCCAGUGACCAAACAUAUGCACAGGAGAGACCCAUAAACACACCCUCUGUAAACUGAUGUCCUAUUUUAUAUAACAAACAAUCUGUGUCACACAUACAUGUGAGCUUUUUCCAAAUAUGACCUUUAUAGUGUUUUUUAUUAAUACUAAGUAAA